UCUGCCUAUGUCAAUGUCAGGGUUUUUAAAACGUCAGUUUUGUAAGCGAUGUUCUUGAUGUUCUUGCUCUCGGAUAUCUCCAGUAUUAAAAGGAUUUGACAACAUUAUGUUAGUGGCAGUUGGCAGAGGAGAAUUAAAACAUGUUAGAAGGCCUUGUUGCAUGGGUGCUUAACAAUUACUUGGGCAAGUAUGUUGAGAACUUAAACACAGCCCAAUUGAGUAUUGCAUUAUUAUCAGGUGAAGUUGAAUUAGAGAAUUUACCUUUAAAAAGAGAUGCAUUACGUCAUUUGGGUUUUCCUGUCCAAAUCAAGGCUGGUUUUAUUGGCAAAAUUAAACUACAAAUUCGUCGACAAAUAAAAUCAGCUCCAUGGGUUGUGCAGAUAGAACAAUUAUUUCUUGUUGCUACUCCAUUGCCAGUUCAAGAGUGGGAUGAUGAGAUUGAAAGAUUAAUAGCACAUGAGGAUAAGCUAAGUGCCCUAGAUGGUUUGGAGGCACAAUGGAGGCUUGAAAAUGACACUAAGGACAGUUCAACCUACUAUGCCAGCUCAUAUUCUUCAUGGUUAAGUUAUGGAACGGGAUUUAUUACCGACAUUAUCGAAAACCUACAACUCAAAAUUCGCGAUGUGCAUAUACGCUAUGAAGAUAAUAUUAGCAUUCCAGACCACAAUGUGGCUUUUGGAAUUACCAUGGAGUCACUUUCAGCCCAAAGCAGCGAUGCAAAUUGGCAGCCAGGCUUCUCCCACUGGGAUCAAUCACAUGCAUCAUUCAAACUACUGGAGAUGCAAAAAUUGGCAAUGUACUGGGUUGAGGUGGACAAUGAUGAACUGUUGGCCAAAACAGAUAUUACCCAAUUGGCAAGUGCAAUGACAUCCAGUGAGUAUAAAAACAGCAAACAGUGUAUUCUACAUCCUGUAAGUGCACAAGCAAAAGUAAAGCAGGACAGAUCUGAACAACCUUUGAGGUCGGAUGAACCACGCAUUACGUUUGAUUUGGAAUUGGAGGAAGUACCAAUGAUCUUAGUAGAUUGGCAAUAUAAUCAAAUUAUUAAAUGUAUAAAAGGGUUGGACGAUGUGCACAGAUUUCGAAGGUAUCGCAGAUUUAGACCGCCCUGUUCAGUGAAAGAGGAUGCCAGAGCAUGGUGGAUGUAUGCUAUUAGUUGUUUGUAUCCCGGUAAACAGCCAGAAAUUUGCAAGCCAAAACUAACACUGGUUGAAGUGCUUGAAAGGUGGAGAACCAACUUAAAAUAUGUUGCCAUCUACAGUAAAAUAUUGAUUACACCAACAAUUGCGUUGCCAGUGGAGGAAAAAACAAUAAAGGAUGAUGUGGAAUGGUCGAGAGAAUUUGAAGAAUUGAAAGUUCUUCGUGAGAUUGCAAUGAAAUCGAUCCCAAUACAAAAUCGAGGAUCAACGUGGAGUAAUUCAGCAGGAGGUAGUACUUUGAUUCGAUGGUUUCCUCAAUGGAUGGGUUGGUAUUCAUCGCCACCUCCCGAAAGCGUACCUGCUCAGGAAACAACUCAACUGGAAGGAGAAAUUCUUCAAGCACUAUCCGAUUCCAACGAAAAUAACACAAUGCUUAAACGUGAUGCGGUGUUUGGUAAGUUCAGCUUCACGCUGAAAAGUGGCACACUCAGUUUAUGUACAAAACACGAGGAAACUAGUGAUCCGUUCACCAUGCUCGAGCUGCAAUUCAAAAACUUUUCAUUAAGUUUAGUGUGCAAACCACGAACAUCUUCAUAUUCCGCUGAGUUAUCUCUUGGUGCAUUGUACCUAUUUGAUAAGGUCACUCCAAAAACAUUGUUUCCUAUUCUCAUUGGCCCCCCUGGUAAUGAUAGGGGUGCAGCGGUAAGAACACGUGGGCCUAGUCCACGUGUCAGUGUUGCUUCUAAAUCGGACGCCUAUAUAUUUCAUAUGGUCUAUGAAAAGAAACUGGAGGCCAACCAGUAUAGAUUGACAGUGAAGACGAACUCUUUGGAUGUGGUUUACCAACCUACGGCAAUGCGUUGGUUGAUAGAGUUCCUUUGCCUUCCACAUCAGCGUACAAUAACCCAUCAACACAUUGAAGCUAUGAAGACCCGCACUAAGCGCGAAUUUAUUAAAAACUGGGAGCAGAUGAUGGAUAGUCGAAUGUCCGCGCGGAAGUGCUGGGAUCUUCACUUGGACAUCAGCGCUCCGCAGAUUUUCUUUGUUGAGCAAUUCCACGACCCUAAUUCCGCAGUGGCCGUCAUUGAUUUCGGCCGACUACAACUACGUAAUAACUAUGAUCAUCCGGAGAUCAGCAUUGCUUCGCCUCAACCUGGGGAUUCUAACUUAACCAGCAAUAGUAAAGCUGAAGAAGAAGACGACAUGUUUAUGACACCUUGUUCCACGCCGCCCGCAAGCGAAGAAAGUGAUUUAGAAAGUGAUAUAAACCAACAAUUUUCCAAAGACCUAGGUGAUAAUACUAAUUAUAAUUUAAAUGAAGCUUCGCUGCAUAUGAAAAUCUACGAUCGCUACUCGGUUGAGCUGACGGAUAUGCAGAUAUUGGUAGCGCGUGUAAAAGACAAUUGGCGGUAUGCGCACAAUAAGGGUACGUCUACGUUGCAUGUUUUGGAUCGUUUUAAUAUUUCACUACAAAUUGAAAGGAGAGUCGUGCACACCUACGACUCUAAUUAUCCGAAUUUAACCCUCAACGCUAAUCUUCCAAAAUUGGUCGCCCACAUCAAUGAGCACAAAAUUGCGGCUGCGAGAAAAUUGGCACAGAUUAUAACUGCAACCGGGCUUCCAUCGCCUUUUAAUUCGCCUAAUACUACAAUUGAAGAUGAAGUGGUAUUGAGCACUGAAGAUGACGACACGCAUAGUAUUGAGACCAGUAUGGAACUUUCUCGUUUGAUGAUUCUGCAAUUCACUGUUGAUCAUUUGGCGCUUGAAGUACAAAGUCGGGGCAGGUCCAUUGCCGAAUUACAAGUAUCCGGCGUCAAGUUCUGCUUUACGCAACGUCCCAGUGAUAUUAAUCUAACGCUGUCUGUGCAUAGCUUGUUACUUGUUGAUGCGUUACAAACAUUUGGUCGAGACUUUGAGCUCCUAAUCGCUAGUCAUAAACACGUUGGGAUGGACUCAAUGUCAGGAAGUUUACGAAAUAGCGAGCCCACAUCUCCAACAUCACCUGGUAGUCCUGAUCAUGCAAGAAUAAAUACCACCUCGCCGGUUGCCUUAACUUUAGCGUUGAGUAGUUUAGCGACAUCGCCUCCACCCAAUCAAACUUGGAACAAUAAAGUGUUAGAUUCGGAGGAGUUGAUAAGAUUGGACUUACUUUUAGUGUUUGGAGUUGAUGCUAUGCAGAUAGCGAAUAUUCAAUUCAACAAUCUUGAUAUUAUUGCUAAUCAAGAGACUAUCGUCGAAUUGAUGGGAUUUAUACGUCGUGUUUUCCCCGACUUAAAAUCGCAGAAAACGUGCAAUCCUGUUGGAAAGCCUAUAGUUCCAGAGGCUACCCGAUUAUCAAGUGAGUCCCUUGACAACAUUGAUGGUAGUGAACCGAGCGAAUCUGCGCCAAAUAUAGGGAGUACCGAAAUAACAUUUGAUUUUCAUCGUUUAAAUGUUUUGCUAUUGCGAGGGGUAGUAAAAGAUGGACAAGUGUAUGGAAAGAAGAUUUGCACCUCGACUAUGUCCGAUGCACGAAUUCAAGCUACCGUUGGUAAAACUGUAACGAUUGAAGGGUCUUUGGGUGGAUUACAAGUACAUGAUUUGACGCCUGAUGGAUGUAUGCAUCAGCGAAUCGUAAGCGUGGGUAGAGAUAUCCACAUGGAAACAAUGCAUCCGUUGUAUCUGAUGGCUAACAAUUUGCCUGCCGAAGAGAACACCGCGUUUAGUUUCAAAAUUGUACGAACCUUGCAAACUAGUCAGACAAACGACAAGGCACAGAUUACGAUACGCAUGGCGUCUUUAUGGUACACGCAUUCUCCCCAUUUUGUUAUGGAGUUGCAAUCGUGCGCUACAGAAUUCAAACAAUAUUUAGCUAAUUUGGCUCGGUCCAUUCGCGUCGCAGCCACGGAUAUGGCCCUUGGAUUGGUACAUGCUCGAGCUGAAGCUUUGGCGCAAUCAAUUUAUAUGAAUUCCCGAUUAUCCGCAUCCAUUUAUGGAAGUGCACUUUCGUUUACGGAAGUUUCAUCACCGCGAAAACGUAGACGAAGUUCUAGUAUGGAGUAUUCCUUUUCGGGAUACUCUUCAGGGCGUGACACGUGUCCACAAACACCGUAUACACCAAUGGAUGAUGGUAAUUUUAAAAUUGACAUCGAGCUGGACAUUGUGCUUGAUAGCCCUGUACUGGUACUGCCGCGAACUUCCAGUAGCCCGCAAGUAUUUGUUGCCCAUUUGGGCAAGAUCACUGUAAAUAAUAACAAGCCAAUCGAAACAAAUGGCGAGUGCGCAAAUAAUGAUUCUUAUAUGGAGAAUUACUACAUUGAGGUACGGGACAUGAACUUGUUUUCGUUGGAUACGUCCACGCGUCGGGUACCUGGACCUUUGACGUCUCGACCGGAGGUUUUAUACGCUUGUGAUACUCUAGCAAAACCUAUACUACAUGACACCAUUAUCGAGUUGAAGAUUACCAGAGAAAUAUUUUACAAAGAUCUUUGCGGCCAGCAAAGUUUAUCUAAUUUACUUUUGGAUGAAGAUGACGAUGAUCCCAUGUCAGGUUCACAAAACUAUCAAGAAACCGAAAACAUUGAAGUUUCAGGUGUGGUUGUGAACGCUUUAAAACUAUCACUUACACGUGCACAAUAUGAACAACUACUGGAUACAAUGCAAUGGUUGACAAUUUCUGAAGAAAGAUUUGACGCUACUGCAUCUAAAAAUCCUAUGUCGACCCUUGCCGAUAUUACAGAAGAAGACACGGGAGUAACAACUCUAAAUAUGGAUCCACAGGUGCGGGCGAAAUUGUUUUCAAAUGUACCAAUCACUAGGCAAACCAAAAUUGAUAAAGGAUUUGUCUCGGCUAAAGUUAUUUUUGAACUACCCGAUUUUACAAUUGAGCUUCGUGGCGAUUCACCAACUGGGGAGCAAGGGCUGGUGGACUUGUCGUUUCGUGACUUUAAUUUAAUUUACGACCGAGGACAUUUAUAUGAAACUAAUAUUCACGUAUCGUUACGAUCGAUAUACAUGGAAGAUUUACUUCAACCUGAAGGGUCAAAGCAACGUUCUAUGGUCAUAUCCUCUAAUGAUGAAAUACCGCCUGGAACUAACUGCGUAUCGCGAUCUUGUCCGGACAUCUAUACAAAUCCUGAUAGGCCUGGGCCAGUUCGUGGUUCCUUACCCGAUCAUUUGGAAGCGUAUUCCGCAAUGGGUAUAAAUCGUUCGCACUCUAUUUACAAGGAAGCCCUACUGCACGAGGUAAAAACAGCUAAUAUUUGUCCAAAUACUCCUCCGCCAAGCCCGUCACGAUCAAAGCCUGUAAAGAAUUUAGUGUUGAUAUCAACUUUGCUGGUUGAUCCGAAAGUUCCCAAUUUUGACACAAAUUACCAAUCUGUACAACGUUCAACUUCUGUCGACUUUAACUGCCUUGAUUUGGUAAUUAACGUUGAGUCUUGGGUGGUGGUUGUCGACUUUUUUGGUGCGUCACCUUCUGAAAUAACAGCGAAACAAAAUCGUAGAUCUCAAUCUCAGAAAGAUUUGAUCAUAGCGGACGCGAUUGAGAGAACCAACAUAACUGUGAGAUCUUUAACCGUUGUCUUAGUGAAACCGGACAGAGACAUUGCAAAAGCCAACAUUUCUAAUAUAGAGGUAUCUGUUAUGAAAAAGAAUCGGAGGAAGGAAGUGGAGGGCAAACUUGGUUCAAUGUCUUUGCUUGACUUGACCUCUCAUGGAACCAUUUACAGAGAGCGUUUUAUGACCUCUGGAAAGCAAGCGCUUAUCUUUAAGUAUGUUCGACAUGGUUCGGGGGAAAUUACCGAAUUUGAUUCACAAUUGACUUUGGAUAUGUCUUCUGUAAUUUAUGUACAUACGAAGAGAUUUGUUGUUGAGUUGCAAUCAUUUUUUUACCAUUUUACCCAAUUGCAAACCAUCAUGGCUGGUAUUCGAGCGGCAACUAGUGGACAGAUUAUCAAUGAUGAAUUACAUCGUUUUUCGAUUAUUUUGACGGCACAGUCCCCAGUAAUUGUACUACCACUGAGCUCGAAGAGUUCCCAACUUAUAAUUGUUGAUCUGGAAUAUUUGAAAGUGACAAAUAGUUUUAAGCACAGUGGCGAAGCGGGCACGAUCAGUAUGCAAUCGAAUCUGAACAGUAGCACGCGGAAAUGUUUGCUUGACGUGAUGUACCUGGAUUUGAAAAAUGUGAAUUUACAGGCGGGCGAAGCCACAACCGAAAUGAACAAGUCGAAUAUAGCUUAUCGACUUGGCAAUUACAGCAUUACACGCUUGGGUGAUUCAUUACUUACGAAUAAAUGCCAUUUGAAGAUUCAAGUCGAACGAAAUUUAAAUCACAAUGUUUGCCACAAUGUUCCUGAUAUGAGUAUUCAUGGUGAACUGAGCACAUUAGAUGGUACCCUUGAUUUAAGUCAGUACAAACUUAUUCGAGGAUUUUUGGCUCACAACUUAGGAGAAAACACCGAGCACAUUUUACCAUCAGUGCAAGCACCGCUUGUAACCGCUGAACCGAAUAUUCGGGAAGUUUGGACCCUGUCGUCACUUCGAUUGGAUUUACUAAACGUGACAGUCCGUCUGUUACAGAGCAAGAACACUGGGCCAUUAGCCUGUAUUAACUUUAUUAAAUCACGGUUGACCGUCGAAGCGUUCAGUAAUAUGUCGCAAGAUAUUGAUCUUGUAUCACAGGAAAUUUUAAUUUUGGAUACUCGCUUCACUAAAGGGCAAAGAGAAAAGCGUUCUAAUGUUUUCUCUAAUAUUUUAAAACCGAUAAAGUCGGCUAAGCAGGAUAAUCUAGUACAAGUUGAGAUUCACAGUCGCAAACGCCAUGACAAAUCAAAGUUUACAAUUUUAUUGAAUAACAUGCGUCUUAUGGCCGUCUUUGACUGGUGGGCCAUGGCAAAAGAGUUCAUAUUUCAAGAGAUUGAGGUAGAACCAUCCAGUCCGAAUAGACAGCGACCUCACGUUCAGGAGACGAAGGAAAUUCCUGUAAGCGAAGAACUUCCAUUUGAAUUAAAAUUGAACAUUACGGAUUCUGAAGUAGUUGUUUUGGAAGACGCUUCAUUGUGGGAAACCAACGCUGUCAUUUUAAAGAGUACCACCGUGAUAACUUAUCGCUCGGCAAUGAUAGAAAAACCGCUAUCGUGUAAUUUGAAUCAUUGUGAGGUUUAUUCUUGCGUCUUUGAAAGAGCUGAAGAAACAGCGCUGUCGAUUAUAGAUCCCGUGACCCUGAACAUGGAGAUUAACAUAGAUCGGGUCUUGGACAUCCAGCUAUCCACGCUCACGAUAAGACUUUCAUAUUUUGACAUGGUCAUGUUUCUGCAAAUUUUGAAUUCGUUACCUAAUCAGUUGUUCUCGACAAGGGAAAAUGAAAAUAAUUCUCAAGAGGACCAAAAAAUGACUGACAAAUUAAAGGCGUUGGGCUUCAAAGAAGAAGAUUGUUUAGUCGCUUUGGAAGAAAGUAUGCACAGACUUGACGAUGCGGCACUUUGGUUAACACAAAACGCACAACCGAAGAGUGAGGCAGAAAGCAAUUCGAGUGUUCAUGCGGUUGAACUAAAGGCAAAUAGAAUAUACUUUUGUAUUAUUGAUGACUGUGGCGAUUCGGACGUACCAUUGCUGGAACUUACGUUAUCAAAUCUGUUUCUGAAACAAGAUCUUGCAGAAAUGCACGAUCACGAGUGCAAAGGUGCUUUGGAGUGUAUAUUGGCGGGUGAUUAUUAUAACCGAGUGUUGUCAGGAUGGGAGCCUAUUGUUGAGCCAUGGAAAUGUUUAAUUACCUGGGGACGUACACUUUCUCAAAAUUUGUCGAAAACUCGGCUGGAAAUUGCUGUUGAAUCGAACGAGAUUUUGAAUCUCAAUAUUACAUCGACGUUUAUUGAACUCUACGGACAAGUACGUGACAGUUGGUUGCAGGACUUCUAUUCUCCAAUCAAUCGAAACGAUCAGGCUCGACAAGAUAAAAGACGGUCACCAUUUGUUCCCUUUGCAAUUAAAAAUGAAACCGGCUCGCCCUUAUACUAUAAUACGCUCAUUGCUGCUGCAAACGAUGAUCCAAACCAAACCAUAAGACAUAGAGAGUCGGAACGUCAGUUAGUGGCACCCGGCGAUGAGGCACAGUUCUCUUUUAAAACACGAGACAAGAUUAGGCACAGCGAUACCCAUAAAAUGAGGCUGCAUCAAUUAGCUGUGCAAAUUUGUGGGUAUGAACGCAUAUCCCCUGUUACAGUGGAUCAAGUUGGUGUUUAUUUCCGCCAUGUUCAACCCCAACAGCAGAUUACUUCCGAAGUUCCAAUAGCAAGGGUUGUAUUGGACGUGUCCCUGGCUGGUUUUGCUAAGAAGUUAGUGACAGUGCGAUCAGCCUUGCAAGUUGUCAACAAACUCACGGAUACGAUUGAAUUAAAGUUGGAAAGUUAUUUACCGCAUGAUGUGAUAACUCUUUGGUCCGCUACUGAGGUAUUUCGAGUGGAAAGUGAGCAAACUUUGCAUGUGCCUAUCGUUCAUGCUCAUUCUGUAAUCAAAGUUAGACCCGUCAUUCCAAACCAAAAGUUCACAUAUUGCAGUCCUCCAAUUCAGUGGGAGCAAUCGUACAGGAGUUUGGUAAAUGGGGUUGUACAUGAUAUUAAAAACUGUCAUACACAUCGGGGUCUGAUAUACAGAUUUUGUACGGAAAUGAAACGCGAACGUUACCCAAAAGAUCGUACGUCCCAGCGGCCGCAACCAGCGUACACUAUAACAUUAUUACCAAGCAUAUUGUUGGUGAACUUAUUACCACAAGAUUUAAUGUUUUCUAUUGGGACCAUCAAGGAUCGCAUCAGUGCAGGCUCUCAAACAGCUUUGUCUCAUGUUGACGCGGAUAGCAACGUUGAAAUCAAGUUAUUAUUGGAUAACUUUACGAAUAGCAAUACUCUUGUGGUGCCAUCAGGCACAACUAGUUUUACCUGCAGAGUACGACUUGAGGAUAGCAACGGAAGGAAAAUGUUUGUAAUGGCACAAGUAAGUCCACAUAUGGACGCGAAAAUCAAGAUCACAAUUACGUCGCCAUUUUGGAUUAUUAACAAGACGGGAUUACCUCUCGUUUUUCGUCAACAUGGUGUGUCCUCUGAUGCCGCAGGACAAUUUAGUGAGCAUGAGGUGGCUCGAAUGAUCGCACCACUGUUGUUCAGUUUCUCUGAUCCUGCUGCUAGCAAUACAGUGACUGCGCGGGUGGGACUUAACGUGGCAUCAAAUGGAUCACCGCAGUGGUGCCAAAAUUUCCACCUGCAGCGCGGAGUUCAAGUUAGGAAGUUAAAGGUGUCACUCAAAGAUAAUCGUCCGGAUGUGGUAUUUUUAGUUGGCAUUGAAAUUAGGCAAGGGCGUGGAAUAUACCGGAACACGAGUAUAGUCACAAUAUCGCCAAGAUAUCAAUUGCACAACAGAAGUUCAUACAAGUUACAAUUUGCGCAACAAUGCUUUGCUCUAAAACAAGAUCGAAUGAAUUAUAUUAAGGCGAUGCCCAAUGCAAAUAUGCCAUUUCAUUGGCCUCGGCCUGAUCAGGAACUUUUGCUGUGCGUUCAGAUAUUAGACAUUGAGGAAUGUCAAUGGUCUGGCGGUUUGAAGAUAGAUGCGAACUAUUCAAUGCAUGUCAAUAUUCGAAACUUUAAUGGCAGGAUGUAUUUCUUACGAUUGGAGGUGGUUCAACAAGGAGCAACAUAUUUUGUUAUCUUUACUGAUGCUGACACCAUGCCUCCACCAAUCCGAAUCGACAAUUUUUCGGAGGUAACUAUGAAGUUUGCUCAAACCUGCUGCAAGGAAUCACUUACCAGCAUGGUUAGAGCCCACUCAAGCGUUCCCUACGCGUGGGACCAACCAACGAAGCAGUGUCUAUUAACGAUCGAAGCACCGGGGGGAGUAUCGCACACCUAUGACAUUACCAAAUUUGGAAUUGCUCCUCAACUAACUUACGAAAAUUUUAUUUACAUUGCGUUUUCUGCAACGUUUCGAUUAAUGGUCGGAUUGGCGGAUUGUACUGUGGAAAAUCAGGAAUUAGUUUUGGACGUAGACAAUACCAAGCGCGUUAUCUUAGCUCGCAAAGAACAAGGUAGCCGAUCCCAACUUUGGCGCAUGUCCAGUACCGGACAACUUCAACACGAAGGCAGUAGUCCUCCGUCUCAUCCGAAUCAACCACGCACCGAUAAUAUUCUGGUCCUUGAUAUUGAAGGACCUGCGCCUCAGCCGAAUACAUACACGCGGUUGGCUUUGCGGCGUCCGGACCCACGUCGCAAAAGUACACAAACAUGGCGGUUUACCGAAGAGGGACGUUUAUGCUGCGUGCAUCACAACAUGUGUGUACAGGCGCAAGAUGGCUUUUUCGGACUGCGUCAAGGUGGCCGCUUAGCGUGCUGGCAACCGUGGAAUUCGGCGGUACUGGGUUUACCACAGCCAGUAUGUCAUCGAACAACCGACAACGGUGUACCUGUUGAACAAGCCGUCGAACGACAGAGAUUAAGACCUGGCAGUGGUUUUCUUGAGGUGGAAGUUACUUCUGAUGGUCCAACGAAAGUAUUAAGUAUAUGGGACAAAAAAGAACGCAAUAAGAACAAAGAAGAGCAAGCGCAGGAAUUGGGAAUUUUCUUAAAACGACCAAUUCUUAGACAUGAGGAUGAUGAAGAAGAUAAACCAAAUGAAUACCAACUGAACGUACGAUUGAGUGGUUUAGGCAUUAGCUUAAUAUCAGCAAAGCCGCCUCAAGAAUUACUUUAUGCAUUAUUUAGCAACAUUAUUUGUGAAGUUGUGUCCACCGCCAAAUCCAAACGAUUGUGUGUUAGCAUCAAAGAUAUUCAGAUAGACAAUCAAUUAUUUGAGGCACCAACAUCAAACUUCCUAUUUGUGACACCUUCCAAGAGUAAUGUAGAUGUUCAAUCGAAAUUGUCGGCGUUAGAGGUUCUGGUCGAAAUGCAGCCCAUUGUCAAUCAAAACGCAGUAAUCUUUGAUCAUUUGAUCGUUCGCUUGAAAAAACUGACCAUUCUGCUGGAAGAACGAUUACUGCUGAAAUUAUUUGAGUUUAUUGGAUAUAAGAAUAAAGAUGAAGAGGUACAUCAAAAUGUCGAAAGUGAUUACGAAACGCAACGAAUUGUUAUUGAUGUGACAGCAGCACACGCCAAGCGUUAUUACUUUGGUAUUAUACAAUUAGUACCGGAUCAAAUUCGUCUUAGUAUGGUUACCGCGUCAAAGUUACCACAAUCUCUGCAGGUGAUCAAACGGAAGGUUGGUUUGACGUUUAUUAAAUUUGAAGAUGCUGGCGUGGAUUUAGAACCAUAUGUUCGACAGCAUACGUUUGAGACAAUUCAAGUAUUAAUACAUUCGAUAGUGCAACAUUUUAAAGACGAAUUAAUAUGGCAAGCCGGUAUUAUUCUCGGGUCUGUGGACUUUUUGGGCAAUCCAUUAGGAUUUAUGAAUGAUGUGACUGAAGGUGUGUCUGGCUUAAUUUAUGAAGGAAAUAUUGGGGCAUUAGUGAAGAAUGUUACACACGGAAUUUCAAAUUCAGCUGCCAAAGUUACCGAGUCAAUAUCGGAUGGUUUGGGCAAAGUUACCAUGGACGAAGAACACGAGGAGUUGAGGCAGAAAAUCCGACAAAACGUAUAUGGCAGCAGUACUGGUCAUCUAUUAGCCGGUGUAAAGGGGUUUGGGGUUGGAAUGUUAGGCGGAGUAACAGGCAUCUUUAAACAAAUCUAUGAAGGUGCUUCAAACGAAGGCAUUCCAGGCGUUUUUAGUGGAAUCGGCAAAGGUAUUGUCGGAGCAGUUACCAAACCCGUGGUUGGUGUACUUGAUUUGGCUUCAGAGACCGCUAGAGCUGUAAGGGAUUCAAGUAGAAGUCGGCAAACUCCUGACCAAUUAAGAUCACCUCGUUGCGCUGUUGGUCCUGGCGGGUUGCUUCCACGCUACAGCGCGAAACAGGGUUUGGGUCAACAGUACUUGUACGCUUUAAACGAUAGGAAAUAUACCGAGACGCUAGUUGCGUAUGAAACAUUACGUAGUGGUACUGAGGAUUUACGGGUAAUUAUCACGAAUUUGAGGAUAUGCAUUGUUACUAACGCCAAUGCACCGCAAUUGACUACUGUGAUUGAAUCUUCGCUAAGUGAAUUUGAGGAAUGCAGAAUUAUAGUCGAUCAACCCGAUGGUGGCGUAUAUUAUAUCGAAUUGAUUGUUCGAUUAAAUGGCGCCAGCCAUUCGACAUUACCGUAUCAGGAUGCAGUUCGGCGGCCGAAAGUGCGCUGCGACUCGUAUGAGGUAGCAAAGUUAGUAACGCGUCAAAUAAAUUACGCUAAGCGAUUGUACGACGAACGCAAACUGACGCUAUCCAGCGACAAUAUAUCACAGAGUGAAGACUGAGCGUAAUGUUCACAUUAUUUACAACAAAUAUAGGCGAUUUGUUUUAGUGCCUUAAUUGGUUUGAGCCGUUGUUUUAAAUGUUAUUUGCAUUUUUUGUUAUUUCAUUGUUACUAAUCUUAUUUGAAUUAAAGUUAGACGAGUACCAAUAAUUCACAUGUAAAUAUUGUACCAUACCGUUUAGUGUGUAGCCGGGUUUUUAUUUUCUGUACUUUUUUUCUUAGAAAAGUUAAUGUUUGAGAUGUUUAAUUUUUUACUCUGAACAAUUAAAUAAACAAUAUCUACUUAA